AUGCCUUACACGCCCCCCUCAAGUCGUUCGCCCGCCUCGUCCGCAGCUUCGUCACCAGACACGAGCCGGCGGCCCUCGUUCAAUGCCGCCUCCAAGCCUGUAAAUGCUUCGCUCUCCUUCUCCCCGGCGCCAUCCUCGGCGCUGCCCCGGUCGUCUUCCUAUCUGACAAGACACCGCCGGACGCCCUCGGCUGUUUCCAACUCGUCUGUCUCCACAAUCAGCGGCCAGCCUACGCCACAGCCUACGUCCGACAACCUCCAUGGCAUGGUCCCGGUGGUGGCCGGCCACGGUUAUGACGAGAACAGCAGCGUCCGCCAGUCGCCCCCGCCAAUCACAGGUGAGCGCCGGGGAAUGCCCACCGGCGCCGUCAUCUCGCCGCCCGACUCGCCGCCCACAAGCGACGACGAGGGCCACAUGGAGACCCGUGGCCGCCGGUUGGAGAACAUGUCUGAGCUGAAGCAGUUGCACGACGCCGUUAGCCAGCUGCCCCAGCAGCGCCGCGCCAGCUCGCCCAACAACGAGCCUGCCGACCUAGGCGUCCUGGUCGUCCAGCCGAUCCCGCCUGUUGUCAGCAGCAUCAGCAGCAUCAGCAGCAUCAGCAGCAUCAGCAGCAUGAACGGCACCAGCAGCGCGGAGAGCAACAUGCGCCACAGUUUCAGCACAACCUCUCUGGACCACCUCCGCAUCGGCGGUGGCCGCAGCAGCAGCAUUGGCAGCAACGGUCGCCGCAUCUCGCACAUGCGGUCGGCCACCGAGCCCAGCGUCUCGGUCUCGCCGUCGGCUGGCAGCUCUGUGGCGAACUCGGACGAGGAGAACGACCUCGAAAUCCUGGCGAAACCUCCCAUGGUGCGCAAGAAGUCUGGCGAGCUUGUCCGCCCGGCUCUGCGCCUGGGCUCGGGCCGCCGUCCCUCCAGUAUGCCUGGCACCCCCACCUUCUCCAAGGUCGUGCACUUUGACUCCCACCUGGAGCACGUCCGCCACUUUCUGCAGGUCGACCGCCCGCUGGCCGUCAGCGCCGGUUCGUCGCCCGUCGAGGUGUACGAAAGUGAAUCGGAGUACCCCUUUAACGGCAGCAUCCCCGGCAUGAAGCAGCAGCAGCAGCAGAAGCGCGGUGGCCCGCCCUUCGAGUGGGAAAUUGUCCUGACCAAGUUCCCUGUGGAGACGGCCGAGCGCAAGGCCCUGCCUGUGCGUCUCGAGCGCGUGUGGCUGUCGCCGGACCAAAAGUUCUUGCACGGCUCCGUGUCGUGUCUGAACUUGGCCUUUUCCAAGCUGGUCGUAUGCCGCUUCACCCUCGACUACUGGAAGACGACCUCGGAGAUCGCCGCCGAGUACAGCGCCGAGAUUGUGCCACGCGUCACCCCGCAGGGCAACGACCGCUUCAACUUCACCAUCAAGCUGUCCGACCUGGCCAAUCUGGAGUCCAAGACCAUGUACUUCUGCAUCCGCUACAACGUCGAUGGCAAGGAGUUCUGGGACAACAACAACGGCAGCAACUUCCAGCUUGAUUUCAAGAAGAAGAUGCUCGCGAUCAACGGCAAGAGCGGUCUGCAGAACGGCGCCCUCCCGCGCAGCCACCACCGCCGCGCAAACGCCACGUCCACGCAGCGCCCUGUGUCGAUGCCGGUGUCCCUGGACGACUUCGGCGGCAGCGCCAACGGACAUGGCAGUAAGAUGUUCGACCAGUCCGUCCACGAGUACCUUGGCGAGUCGGACCGCCCGGCCCUGCGCCUCAAGUCGUCGCAAACCGGUCCCAGCCUGGCGAGCGACAACCUGACGGCCCGCCUGGUAUCGCCCAGCGGCCAGGCUUUUGCCAACCGGUACGACUUCGGCGCUUCGCUCUCCGCGGCCAUGCAGGCCGCCAAGGAUGCCAUGGCGACCAACAAGCGUGACGGCCUCUAUAUGAAGCCGAGCCGCAAGGUCGCCGUCGUCCCCGCUCCGUCCGCCGACGCCGCCGUCAAAGUCGCCGCCGCCUCGGCCAACACCAACGAGCGCGUCAUCGCCGUCAACACGACCCAAGAGCCCACGACCGUCGCCCUUCCCGUCGCCGCCCUCGAUCGCGACUCGCGUACGAUUUUGACCGAAUCGGCACUCUACGGCCCCGGAGGCAUUGCAUCCAAGUCGUACGACGAAAUCAACGACACGAAGGCUACCUCGAGCCCCGCUUCGACCAUCACCUCGGACGGCAGCCCCGUGCAUACCGCCCGCACCCAUCAGCAACCUUCCCGGCCCCGCUGGCACGCCGACGUACCGAUCCGCGAUUCCAGUUCGUUGUCCAUCCAGAGCGUCGGGUCACCAACCUCCUCCGCAUCGCCACCUACGUCUGGCUUUGUGCAAACCUCUCCGGUCACGAACCAGGGCCGCGUCCCAGGCCAGCCUCGCCGUGGUACCAUGUUCGCGACCGGCCCCCUCAUUCUGCCGGGGGACAAGGCGGAUAGCGGCGACAGCGACAGCGCCAGCACGAGCAGCAGCAACACGGCAUCGCCUGCAUCGCCUGCAUCACCUGCUGCGCUUGCUGGCGCGUUUCCUCCCUUUGCUGGAACGCCGCCACCACCGGACUAUUCCUUCGUGAAAGAUCGGUUUCCAUUUGCCAAUGCAGACGGCCACGCGGGUACGGCCAUCAAGGGCUAG